AUGGCAGAACUAGACUACAAGAUCAAUAAACAAGCAUCCUUCGACCAUCUAGCAAACAUCCCCACCAAAGCAGAAGCAGAGAUAGUCGACCAUGGCGCCGAUACAGCCCUCCACCGCUCCCUCGGCACCCGCCAUCUCACCAUGAUUGCCCUGGGUUCCGCCAUUGGCAUGGGCAUGUGGCUGGGAAGCGGCCAGUCCCUCGUCAACGGCGGCCCUGUCAGUCUCUUCGUCGGAUUCCUGAUCAGCAGCUCUAUCGUCUGGUGUGUUUGUCAGUCAAUUGGCGAGAUGGCUGUUAUGUAUCCCCUGCCCUCGGGGUUUGUGCAGUGGUCGACCAUGUUCAUUAGCCCCGCUGCUGGGUUUGCUUUGGGCUGGGGGUACUGGUUUUCGUACUGGAUUACGAUUGCCAAUGAGCUUCAGGGCGUCGUGACGGUCCUCAACUACUGGACUGACCAAGUCCCAAAGGCUGCGUGGAUAUCUAUAUUCUGGGUGGUGAUUAUCCUAAUCAAUGUCUGGGUUGUAAAGUUCUUUGCAGAGGUGGAAGUAUUCUCGUCGACGGUCAAAUUCAGUUGGAUGUUUAUUGCCAUAGUAGGCCUGAUUGUCGUCACCGCCGGCGGCGCACCCCAAGGAGAAGCCAUUGGCUUCCGAUACUGGAACGCACAGCCAGUAAACAACGGGUUCAAAGGCUUCGUAAGCGUCAUCCCAGCCUGCGUGUUCGCCAUGGCCGGUUCGGAAAACGCAGCACUCGUAGCGAGCGAGGUUGCCAAUCCUCGACGCUCGGUUCCAAAGGCUAUCGGGUCCGUUUGGAUGCGCCUGGGUCUGUUCUAUAUCCUGGGAAGUCUGAUGAUUACACUUACUGUUGACCCUACGGAUCCUGACUUGUUCGGUGCCUCGGGGAGCAAUGCUUCGCCGUUUGUGAUUGCAUUUCGCGAUGCUGGCAUCCCGGCGAUGGCGCAUAUCACCAAUGCGGUGAUUUUCAUUUCAGUCAUCUCGACUGGGAGUAUCUCGGGCUAUGGGGGGUCGAGAAUGCUCAUGGGUCUUGCCCACGUCCGCAUGAACCACAAGAUAUUCGGCAAAGCAGACAAAAUCGGCCGGCCCUGGGCUGGAUACAUAGCCACGAUCGGAAUCGGCGGUGCCCUGGCCUACCUAAAUGUCUCGCAUACCGGCGCAGAAGUCUUCCAGUGGCUAUCCAGUCUAGUCGCCCUGCUUACGCUCUUCGGUUGGGGCAUGAUCUGUCUCUCGCACCUGCGCUUUCGAUAUGCGUGGAAAGUGCAGGGCCGUGAGGACGUGCAUCUCCCCUGGCGGACAUGGGCUUAUCCGUACGCGCCGUGGUGGGGGCUGCUUUGGUGCAUUGCGCUUAUUAUUGUGGAGUUUUAUUUGAGUAUUUGGCCGCUGCAUGAGAGGUCUUCGGCGAAGAGUUUCUUUGCGAAUUUUAUCAGUGUUGUUGCGGUGUUUGUUAUUUGGGUUGGGGCGCAGGUUUGGUAUAGAUGUCCGGUUUGGAUUGAUGCCGGAGAGGUUGAUCUGGAUGGAUGCAGACGGUUUUAUGCGGAUCGUGAUGAGGAGGCUGUUCCUGUUAAGGGGUUUGUGAGGAGGCUGAAGGUUCUUUUUGAAUAG